AUGUCACAUCUUCAAACUUCCAACUCACAAGAUGAAUCAAAGUUCCAAUGUUCUUAUUACCACCUACCUGCUACACAUCAGUGCAUCUCUACUAUCCAAGGAAAUAACUCCUACAUCUCUUCUCUUGUCAUUAAUGGAAAGUCACUAUACAUAGGCUCUUCCAACAAAGAAAUUCAGAUGUGGAAGCGCGAUAGAUUAAGGUCAGAAGUUGAUCAUGAAAAUGUAAGCGAUGGCAUGACAAUCACAGGAAAAGGUGCUGUAAAGUCACUAGUGUCUUCUGCUGAUAGGAUAUUCAGUGCCCAUCAAGACCACAAAAUCCGUGUAUGGAAAGUCAAUGAAAACGAGACGCAUCAGCAUAAGUUAAUACAGUUAGCCACGCUCCCAACAUUUAGUGAUCGGACUCUUAAGCUUCUAAUACCAAAGAACCAUGUACAGGUAUCACGCCAUCAGAAGUCCACGUGGGUCCAUCACAAUGAUACUGUGUCAGCAUUAGCCGUGUCCAAGGACAACUUGCUCCUUUACUCAGUCUCAUGGGAUAGAACACUAAAGAUUUGGCGGACAACCGACUUCAAAUGCCUAGAGUCAGUAGCCAACGCACAUGAUGAUGCCAUAAAUGCACUUGCAGUAUCAAGCAAUGGGGAUGUUUAUACUGGAUCCACCGACAAGAAAAUAAAACUGUGGAGGAAAUCACCAGAAGGAGAGAAUCACUCUCUGGUUACUAUGAUAAAUAAACACAAAUCUGGAAUCAACGCAUUGGCACUAAGCACCAAUGAGAAUUUUUUGUACUCUGGUGCGAGUGAUAGGUGCGUCAUGGUUUGGGAGAAGAGUGAUGAGGAUAACAUGGUGGCAGUAGGUAUUCUCAGAGGGCAUGGUAAGUCCAUAAUGUGUUUGAGUGUUGUCUCAGAUCUGUUGUGUAGUGGUUCUGCAGAUGAAACUAUAAGAAUUUGGAGAGGAUUUGAGAAAUGUUACUUUUGUUUGGCUGUAUUGGAGGGCCACAGAGGUCCAGUUAAGUGUUUGACAUCUGAAACGGAUCAUAGGCGUUCAUCUGAUACAUCAGCCUGUUAUCUUAUCUACAGUGGCGGGCUUGAUUCUGACAUUAAAGUUUGGCAGAUUUGUAUCCCUUUAUGUUAA